CUCCUCACAAUCGGCGGGAUGAUAGUCGCCCCGGAGGCCGUCGCUCGUUUCGGCUCCUCUGACUAUAAUAACAUCGUCACGCAGUGCUACUCACCAUGUGCCACUAGAUCCAGUUGAUAUUGCAAUCUCUUUCCGGUGAUUUUUUUUCAAGUGUUAUUCAUUUAGCCCGAAUUUGGUUAUUUUCUAAUAAAGAGUUGGUGGGUAAAACAGUCGAGUGCGUUGAGACGAAAUGGAACCUACCGGUCAGGAUCGUCAGGAUCGGUCGCCCAGCUGUUCCGUCCUCUCAUCAACGUCGCGCAGAAGAGGCAGAUGUAAAUGGUUUAACGUGACCAAAGGAUGGGGAUUCAUUACGCCGGACGAUGGAAGCCCGGACGUAUUCGUUCACCAGAGCGUGAUCCGUAUGAACGGAUUUCGUAACUUGGCUGAAGGCGAAGAGGUCGAGAUGGAGACGAAAGACGCCGAUAAAGGAGCAGAGGCAACGGUCGUGACGGGACCCGGAGGAUUGGAAUGUCGGGGAUCGCACAGACAACCCAGAAAACCUACAAAACCAAAAAGAAUCAGGUGCUACAAUUGCGGUGCAGUCGGAAGCCACAUCGCUCCCAAAUGCACAGUUGGACCUCAACCCAAAAGAUGUCACCAGUGCAAGUCGGAGGAUCAUCUCAUUUCCGACUGUCCAAAUAAAUUGAAAAAAUUCCGAUCCAGCCAGACGGAAAAACCUUCCGGUUUGAAUGAAUCGUAAGUUUAUUCUCCCCGCAUAUUAUGGACUACAACAACCAAUCAGCAGUUUGACAAUCACCAAGCGGACGACACACAUCCUGGAUGUUUUUACGUAACAAAAAUAUUUCGAUAUCUACAACAGUAUACACGCACCCUCUAGCAUUGCUCAAUUCUGCAUUAUUAUUAUGUCCGAAUUUUUACUUGGCAAUGCUCACAAAUGUUCCUCAGGUCAAAUGUUUCGUACAAUAUUUGAAUCAAAAUUAUUCAUUUUAAUGUUAUACAUGUACAAUUGUUAUACAGUACCAAAAU